AAAUUGACCAAUCACAAAUCGAUGAUCAAGUCGGUGCGAUUCUAAACAUGCCAUUCCCUUGUUUCCGUUUUGUUGCUACCUACGCGAAAAGAGACAGCUGACUGAUCUAUUGGAAUUAAUACUUAUUGUCUCACAAAUAUCUCAUCGUAUGGUUCAAAUGAUUGCUACAGACGCGCUUUUUCUAUGAUUGGUCUCUGAAAUAUGGCCACAGAAGCCGCAAGUGAAACACUUAAGCAGCAGUUUUUACUGUUACAAGAACAGCAACAACAAAAAUUACUUAGACGGAAACAAAGAAAGGAAGAAAAGGCCAAGGAGAAAUCGAGUCUCACCAGUAGAACUAGUUCAUCCAUAGCCUUUGGUGUCGAAGACAAUUUGGAACUCAAGUUAGCUGAUCCAGUUCCUAAAUCUUCUUUCGUCUCAGAGGAACUUGUGAAUCAUCUCAACGACCAAAUCAGAGAACUUAAAGAUGAAAAUGCAAGAGUGUACAAACUUCUCAGUGAAAAAGACUUUGAAGUUCGUCAAAUUAAGAAGAAGCAUGAAGAUCAAGCAAGAGUUGCAGGAGCUGUGACUAAUGAAACAGCAGCUACAAAAAUUGUAGAAUUAUCAAAAAAAGUUCGUGAUCUGAAUGCCGAACUAGAAUCUGAAAGAACAAAAGCCAGGCAAUAUGGCAAAAAAUGCAUUGAUCUACAAACUCAGAUCAAUAAGAUUCCUGAGGAUACCCGAUCAAUGAUGAGCUCAGCCACAAGUCGGUCCACUUUAGAUGAAAAGCAGGAUGACUAUGUGGAUGUUAAAUCUUUACAAGACAAACUAAAGUAUGCUGAGAACAAAAUGGCUGAAUACAGAAACCAAACUUCCUUACUAAAACAAGAACUUAAAAUGGUUCACAAGGUGCUCAGUCAGGAGGUCGGAGAAAAUGUCAAUAUUCAGUCCAUUCUAAACAACCAGACCAACUGGAAAGGACGGGCUCAACAAAUCAUGAUGCUCCAGAAAAAGGUUGAUGAAUUGAAGUCGGAGAUUGCGGUAAAGAAGCCACAGAAAGAGAAGGAGUAUGAUUUAGAGGCGGAAAUGUUGGGUACCGGGAAUAGCUCCGCGCGACAGAGAACUGCUGUUGAGAAGCACCGCGAACAGCUCAGGAAGAUCGAGAAAGAACGGAAAGAAUCUCAAGAGAAAGCUGCAAAUGAGCUCAAAGCAUUAGAAGAAGAUCAUGCUGCUUUAAAGAAAAAGCUUGAUGCAGCCAAAACUAGAAAUCAAAUAAUAUCUAGUGAAAUGCAGGCACUGAAGGGUCACAUGAAAGUUUUACUUGACAAGGGUGCCCAUGAUGAUGAAUUGAUUGAGGCUCUAAUGAAACAACAAAGUCACUUACAGCAGCUACUUGAGCAGACAGCAAACCAACAGAAAGAAACCUCGAAUAAAUCUCAGCAGGAACUCAAACAGAUGUCCAUGAAGACUCAACAGGACAAUAAUGUGGUGGAACAGCUAAAGUCUAUUGUAGCUGAGAAGGAGGCCAAAGUUCACAGACUCGAAGAUGAAAUUCAGCAACUCAAACUCAAUCAUCUACAGAGGGCCCAGUUAGAGUCUGCCAAUAUGCUCUUUCAGCCAGGAAGCCAAAGGCCUCCUUCCUCUGCACUGAAUUCUCAAAGAGACUCCCGUCCAUCUUCAUCCGCUCAUCCAGCCCUCAAUGAAAUCCGUCCAGAAACUGCAGGAAGUGGAGACAUCCAGCUGGACUUCCAACUGGAUCCAAACACUCCAUCAGCCUCCAGGAUGAGUGAUCGGCCUCCUGUGAUCAACAGUGCCCUGGACAGGUGCCCCUCUGUAACCAGUACUGUGGAUACUGCUCGUGCACCAUCAAGGAAAGCAGACAACAAUACACAAGAGGCAGUGAGGGGGGCGUCCAGGUCAGGGGCUGUCAGGACCCCUUCAUUUCAUGUAAAUAAUAUAGACAAGCAGGCAUUGGCAGAACUUCAGUCUCAGUGUCAGGAAUAUAGGACUCUGUACCAGGUAGCUCAGGUGGAGAGGGACAAGUUCUCAGAACUCGUGCGAGUUCUUCAAAGCAGAUGUGAAGAGGAUUCUAAAAAGUAUUUGGAGUGCCAAAAUGAACUAGUUCAACAAAGACGUAAAAAUGCAUUGCUUGAAAAACAGGCAGGGAAAAAUAAGAUUGAGAAUGGACCUACCAGUAAAGGAGGGAGUGCUGCAGUAGGGAAGAAACGAGUUCUCGGAGGCCGAGCUGGUAGUAUGACAAAUGUCUCGGCCAGUUUUUCAGCAGGUCUGACUGAAGAGAAUGAUCAUGAGGAUUAUGAAGAGGUCAAAACGAAUUUGGAAAUUCAAAUGGACGAAAAUGAGGCCUUGAAAGCUGCUCUACAGAGCACACUGAAGGCAAAGGAGGAAGAUCUUAGAUUGUUUGGUGAGAUGAUGGAAGAAACCAAGACAGUGUUUCUCCAGGCACUGAGGCAAUACAAACAAAACGCUCAAGGAACGUAGGGGUGGGACAGCCUUGUUUAAUUGUUAUUGUUGUUAAUGAACCUUUAUGUACAUUUGAGAUUGUGCUCAAGUUUCAGUCACAUGUAUGCAAACUGCAAGUCAUUUAUGUAUCUUAAUUAUUUCUCAUAUUUGAUUAUCUUGUAUGAAUGUUCAAGGUAUAGAUAGCACAAGAUAGGAGUUUGCUAUAUGAAGUACAUCCAAACUACUUCAUGAAUAAAUAGAGAAAUUAUU